ACAAAAACAUAAAACAAAAUGAGACACCAAACACUUAUUCUAGUCCUUCUUAUAGCCAACAUGCUUAUGGCUACACGACUCACUCUUACACUCUCUCUAUCUCGUUCUCGUUCUCGUUCCAUUCGUCCACUUCUUAAACGCACUUGUUCCAUUUUCAACCCUAAACAUUUCAAUAAAUCCCAUCCUUGUCCCCUCUGGUCCUCUUCAUUUUCCUUCUGUAUUGAUUCACUUCACAACUCCACUUCCCCUUCCUUCACCGCUUCUUCUCUCUCUGCUUCAUCAAUGGCCACUUCUGCUAUUGAAUCCAAUCCCAUUCUCGAGGAAUUUGUUUUUCCGCCUUUCGAUGUCGUUGAACCCAAACACGUUCGACCUGGAAUUCGCACCCUAUUGAAUAAGCUGGAGCGUGAUUUGGAGGAGCUUGAACGGACUGUGGAACCUUCGUGGCCUAAGUUGGUGGAGCCGUUGGAGAAGAUUGUGGACCGGUUGGGUGUUGUUUGGGGUAUGCUUAAUCAUCUUAAAGCUGUUAAGGAUAAUGCUGAGCUCCGUUCAGCCAUUGAAGAUGUGCAGGGAGAAAAAGUUAAGUUUCAGCUUAGACUGGACCAAAGCAAGCCUAUUUAUAAUGCAUUCAAAGCUAUUAAAGAGUCUCCUGAUUGGAAGACACUUAGUGAUGCUCGCAGGCGAAUUGUUGAAAACCAAAUAAAGGAGGCAGUUCUUAGUGGUGUUUCUCUUGAAGAUGAUAAAAGAGAACAGUUUAACAAAAUUGAACAGGAGCUGGAAAGAUUAUCACAAAAAUUUGGGGAGAACGUUUUGGAUGCAACCAAAAAGUUCGAAAAACUCAUAACAGAUAAGAAAGAGAUUGAAGGAUUACCUGCUACUGCUCUUGGGUUGGCUGCACAAACUGCAGUGUCCAAGGGGCAUGAAAAUGCCACCGAUGAAAAUGGGCCAUGGGUAAUUACAUUGGAUGCUCCAAGUUAUAUUGCUGUUAUGCAACAUGCUCGCAAUCGUUCUUUGCGUGAAGAAGUCUACCGUGCAUAUAUAACACGAGCAUCUAGUGGAGAUUUGGAUAAUACUGUUCUGAUUGAGCAAAUUUUAAAGCUUAGGUUGGAAAAGGCCAAACUUCUCAACUACAAUAACUAUGCUGAGGUUAGCAUGGCAACCAAAAUGGCAACUGUUGAUAAAGCAGAAGAACUUCUAGAAAAGCUUCAUAGAGCUUCCUGGGAUGCUGCAGUACAAGAUUUGGAAGACCUUAAGAAAUUCUCAAAAGACCAGGGUGCAUUGGAAGCUGAUGAUUUGACACAUUGGGAUAUUAGCUUUUGGAGUGAGAGGCUCCGCGAAUCAAAAUAUGACAUUAACGAGGAAGAACUGCGCCCAUUUUUCUCUCUGCCAAAUGUUAUGAAUGGACUCUUUGACCUUGCAAAAACACUUUUUGGUGUUGAAGUUGAGCCAGCUGAUGGUCUAGCUCCGGUUUGGGACAAAGAUGUUAAGUUCUUUCGUGUCAAAGAUUCUUCAGGUAGUCCAGUGGCGUAUUUUUAUUUUGAUCCCUACAGUCGUCCUUCUGAAAAAAGGUCAGGUGCAUGGAUGGAUGAAGUGGUUUCUCGUAGUCGUGUACUGUCACCUGAUGGUACCUCAUCAAGGUUGCCUGUUGCCCAAAUGGUGUGCAAUCAAACACCUCCAGUAGGAAGCAAGCCAAGUUUAAUGACAUUCCGUGAGGUUGAGACUGUCUUCCAUGAAUUUGGCCACGCACUGCAACAUAUGCUUACUAAGGAAGAUGAGGGUCUGGUUUCUGGUAUUAGGGGAGUAGAGUGGGAUGCCGUUGAAUUACCUUCUCAGUUUAUGGAAAACUGGUGUUACCAUAAAGAGACUUUAAUGGGCAUUGCAAAACAUUAUGAAACUGGGGAGGCUCUGCCUGAAGAAGUAUAUUUGAAGCUUGUUGCUGCUAGAACUUAUCGUGCUGGCUCUCAAAGUCUUCGACAGUUAAAAUUUGCAACUGUAGAUCUGGAACUUCAUACAAAAUAUGUUCCCGGGGGACCAGAGUCCAUCUAUGAUGUUGACCGCAGAGUAUCCGAGAAAACUCAAGUGACUCCUCUAUUGCCUGAGGAUAGGUUCCUUUGCAGCUUUAGUCAUAUAUUUGCAGGUGGAUAUGCAGCUGGAUACUACAGCUACAAGUGGGCUGAAGUGCUGUCUGCCGAUGCUUUCUCUGCAUUUGAGGAUGCAGGAUUGGAUGAUAAAAAGGCUGUUAUAGAAACAGGUCGCAAAUUCCGGGAGACUGUUCUUGCUCUUGGAGGUGGCAAGCCAGCGCUGGAGGUCUUUGUGCAGUUCCGUGGGAGAGAACCAACACCAGAUGCAUUGCUCAGACACAAUGGCCUAAUUGCAGCUCAUUGAUUUAAUUAGCCACACUUUUCUUUUGACAAAAAUGCACUAUAAAUUAUAAUAAUAUAAUAAUUGUGGUUCUUACUCUUUUAGAAAGUGUGAACAUUUUAAAUUUAUGUUAUUUUACAACAUUUAGAGGAA